CAUUAAACAAACGCACACGAGAAAACGAGAUUCAAAUCAGGAACUUGACCAUGAUGAACCAAGGAUGUUCCAUCAUAUAAUAUCUCCAUCAAUUGAUCUCUCCCGAAUCGUUUCAAUUACAAGAUUCUUCAAUCGACUCUUCACGUGUAGUUCUUGAUUUUUGUUGUUUUUGAUUUAUGUAUUUGUAAUCGCCGAUAGCUAGGGUUAGGGUUUUCGGAUUUGUUUUUCUUUUUGUGAAGAUUGGUAUGAAGUUAUUAUCAGUAGUUAAACUUUGUAAUAAUCUAAUUGUAAGAAGGGAAUGAGUUCUUUAUCGUUUUAUGUUUUUGUUUUGAUUUAAUUUUGAUUUGGCGGUGUAUAACAAUGGAGAUGGACAGCACUUCUCGUGGUAGACCAUUUGAUAGAUCAUCGAGAGAUCCUGCUACACUGAAAAAACCUCGAUUACUAACUGAAGAGACACCGUUUCUUCGCGGCAGUAGUAAUGUUCCUAACGGUGGUGGUAGACCCCUUGUUCAAAGGCAACCGGCGUUUGGGUUCCGGUCGACGGCGGAGAGAGAUAGAGACUCAGAAAGCAAUGAUUCAAUGAGAGGUGGAGGAGGUUAUCAGCCCCAGUCGCUAACGCAAUCACAGCUGCAGCAGCAGCAGCAUCAUGAGCUUGUGAGUCAGUAUAGGACAGCACUGGCGGAGCUGACUUUCAAUUCGAAACCUAUUAUUACUAACCUGACUAUCAUUGCGGGAGAGAACGUGCAGGCUGCAAAAGCCAUAGCUGCCACUAUCUGCACAAAUAUUCUUGAGGUUCCCAGUGAUCAAAAGUUGCCAUCGUUAUACCUUCUUGACAGUAUUGUGAAGAAUAUUGGGAGAGAUUACAUCAAAUACUUUGCUGCCAGACUACCUGAGGUCUUCUGCAAGGCAUAUAGACAGGUUGAUUCUGCAGUACAUCCUGGUAUGCGGCAUCUUUUUGGGACUUGGAAAGGAGUAUUCCCUCUUCAGUCACUUCAACUUAUAGAGAAAGAACUUGGCUUCCAAUCAGCUACAAAUGGAUCUUCUUCAGGGUUGGCAGCAUCUAGAUCCGAGCCACAGCCUCAACGCCCUGUUCGCAGUAUUCAUGUAAAUCCGAAGUAUUUGGAGGCGAGACAGAGACUCCAACAGUCAAGUACGGCAAAAGGUCCAACUAGUGACACAAACCUGAUUAACUCACCUGAGGAUUCCGAGAGACAAGACAGAAUAACAGCCAACACUAGUUCUGUGAGGCCACGUGCAGAUCCUCGGCUUAAGAACAUUCAGCAGGCACAAAGAGAUGUGGAGAGCGCUUGUAUACGUGAGAAUGAUGGUGCACCAUAUAGUGAUUUUGAUUAUUGUUCUGAUGUGUUGAUUCCUUCAGAGGCUAGUUUUGGAAAAUCUAGUGAAAUAGUUGCUGAGCAGGGAUUUGACAGUUCUUGGUAUGGAGCUGGCAGCAAUACUACAGAGACUAUAUCUGGCCAGAGAAAUGGUUUUGAUGUAAAACAUGGAUUCUCCAAUUUGUCAGCCUCUAGAUCUGCAAAUGCAGAUGUCAAAUUGCAGCCUGUGAAUAACAUUGCAAGCAAAAGAGGCGGUGAGGUAAAUAGAAGCUGGAAGAACUCGGAGGAAGAGGAGUACAUGUGGGAUGACAUGAACUCACGACUGGCGACUCCAGGCAAAUCUGGUAGUAGCUCUAAGAGAGACCCUCGUGCACAUUCCAUGAAUGAAAAGUUGGGUUUUGAGAAUCGCCUCCAGAAACCACAAGGGAUACAAAAUAUUGGUUCUAAGGUUGAUAGAGAAGCUUCAUCUGAUUCACUAUCUGCAAACCAGAAAGAUGGAGCAGUUUUUAGACAGCCAGUGCAAUCAUUAGGCUCUCGUAGAAAUUUACUAGAUCAUGCAGAAGUUCAUUCUACCUCUUUCAGUGGGGUAUCUACAUCUGUUAACUCUCUCUCCAAAACCUCUUUGCAGCCACAGAUAGGCGCCUCUCACAUUGGAACCCAGCCACUUGGAUUUCCUCCAAAUGCAAUAACGGGCCAACGACAUACUCUUGGAGCUGCAUCAUCGUCAGGACAAGCACCAACACACCAGCGUCCUCCUUCACCCUUGUUGCCAACAUAUCAUUCAAGUAAAAUAUUGCAUAAUUUAUCUGGGCGAGAUCCACCGACGACUCAUCAGCUG